AUGGACUUGGAGACAUUAUCAGAGCUUACACAAGAAGCCGGCUCCAUCAUGUGGGAGCUCCAGGAUGUACCGGGUCACCCGGUUAAACCUGAUGAUUUACUUCAAUGGUGUCUGGGCGAGAACUUCGUUAUCUCGGGAACUGUGGGCGAGCUCAUAGCACAUGAUGGAGUCUUUGCAAUCUACGCCGCUGCUCUCACACAUAUGCGGUGCAACGACACUCGGAUAUACCUCGCCCCGCACUCUUUCCUUCUGAAAGUGCCAUUGGACGCAGUACACUGCCCCACCAUCGACCACCAUAUGCACUCCGUCGAAGGAUCUUCGGAUAUCGCAGAGUCACUACUCGAGCUUCUCCUUGCGCGUGUGACGCGGAAAGUGUCGAAGGCUCCUGACGCACUUCAGAAGCGGUUUGAUAUGGCCAUGACGAUUGCACCGUGGCCAGCACAAUUCCGACUUGGGCGUGUCACUCGUGGGGAGGAGAUGCGCGUUAUAGACGGCAGUUCUGGCGCAGUCAAGAAACUUUCUGUGCCAUUACUCACAUGUACUACUCCUACACACAAUCGUUGCGGGCUAGAGCCCGGCGUAAUCGUGACGGCUUGCUGCCAGAUGUUCAUGGACGAUGAUGACGGCUCCGCUACGUCAGACGCGCUGGAUGAAGGAAGGUGGAUGUUAAUGCCUGGGGAUUCCGGGUCUAGCGAUGAUCAGGAAACCAUGGAGAUGGUGAAUGACAACGAGUAG